GGGCGGGGCGUCGGCGCAUGUCUUAUGGAUUUAUUUAUAUAAUGAAUUCUCCCCUCCUUGCUUUUGUUUCUACUCUGUGACAGAGCGCUGCGUAGUGCAGCCAAGAAACCGAACCAGGCGCAUCUCAUGCUUCACGAAAAGAGGACGCGUGACUGACGAGGGUUUUAUUCCUUCUUUUUUUUUACUCCCUUUCUUUUAUUUCUCUAUUUCAUGCGUUUCUCUGCGUCGUGAUCCCUUUUUUUUGGAAUGCGGCGCUUUGUGCCCGCCGUUGUUUCCAUGCCAGCAUGGGAACUGCCGUGUCCAAGAGGAGGAAUCUGAGGAAUGAUGCGAUUUCAUCGGUGGCAGCAAAAGUUAGAGCAGCCCGAGCAUUUGGAGAGUACCGUCACGCUCACCCUGAGAGCCGAAACGGAUCAGAUCACUUACUGUCCGACACCCUUAUUGGCCACGACUCAGACUCACCGGAUAGUGUGUGUACCCAGAACAACAACCACCAGCACAGCCUCUCUCUUCAGGACUCCAACAGCACUGACCCCAGUCUGGUCGACCGUUCCCUGCACCUGCUGCAGCCUUCAUCUGCCACUGCCACGUCUAAGAGCCGCCUGUCGCUAGAGCGCAGCUUCUCGGUUGAGGAGGAGCAGCAGAAGUGCGUGGAGUGCUCGCUGCAGCCAUCCCGAGUGUACACCAUUAGCGGUGAGAGCACCAUGCUGGCUGGCAGCCGUACCAGCAAAGAGAGCUUGGAGCUGGAUGUGCUGAGGGAGACACGGGAACCUUCAACCACUUCCUCAGCCCUCGCCCAGGCAUCCACCUCCUCUCCCAUCCAGCAUCACCACCAUCAUCAUGCCAACCAUCACCAAAGCACCACUGGGCCGAGUUUGCAGCAACCUGCAGGCGAAGCUUCAGGGAGUGCAGGAGCAGGUUCAUCGCAGCACCAACACCACCACCACCAUCACCACCACCUCUCUCAGCCCUUACAGAGCUCCGUGAGUGCCCACAACAUCCGAGGCUGGGGUGAGGGCAAAGACUGUGGCCUAGCAUGCGACUUAUGCCCGGGAGCGCCGUCACGCAGCCACGGCUCACUAGAGCUGGAGAACAGCGUGCAAGAUCCAGGCAAGCAGCGCCGCCCACUAGAGCGCAUGAGCAGUGUGGACCGGGUGACUUUUAUAGAUAGAGAGGACGGUCAGUGGUACCCCAAAGAGAACAUGUUCAGCUUCCAGACUGCUACAACAACCAUGCAGGCGAUAUCAAAUUUCCGGAAGCACCUUCGAAUGGUGGGCAGCAGAAGAAUGAAAGCCCAGACCUUUGCAGAGCGCAGGGCGAAGAGCUUCAACCGCUCCUGGAGCGACCCGACCCCGGUCAAGCAAGACUCGCUACCCGACUCAAAAGACAGUGGAGAUCUGCAGGUGUCGUCUGCUGCGCAAGAUGAGGGAGGCUGUAAUGACACGGGCUGGGAGGAGGAGAAAGAGAUGGAGAGACUGGCCUGUGAAAGCGAUGAUUUUAUCCCUCCUAAAGUCAUGUUGAUAUCAUCAAAAGUUCCCAAGGCGGAGUAUGUCCCCAACAUUAUUCGCAGAAAUGAUCCCUCCAUUAUCCCCAUCCUUUACGAUCAUGAGCAUGCUACAUUCGAUGAUAUUUUAGAGGAGAUUGAGAAAAGACUGACUUCCUAUAGGAGAGGAUGCAAGAUCUGGCGUAUGCUCAUCUUUUGUCAGGGUGGACCAGGGCAUUUGUAUCUCCUGAAAAAUAAAGUGGCCACAUUUGCCAAGGUGGAGAAAGAGGAGGACAUGAGCCAGUUUUGGAAAAGGCUAAGCAGAUUUAUGAGUAAAGUAAACCCGGAGCCUAACCUGAUCCAUGUCAUGGGAUGCUAUGUACUGGGGAAUCCUAAUGGUGAAAAGCUGUUCCAAAAGCUGAAGUACCUGAUGAGGCCUUAUUCAGUCACCUUUGAGUCACCGCUGGAACUAUCUGCGCAGGGAAAGGAAAUGAUCGAAAUGUAUUUUGACUUUCGCCUCUACCGAUUAUGGAAGACACGGCAGCACUCGAAACUCUUGGACUACGAGGAUCUGUUGUGACCCAGAGACCUUGAGAGCGUGGGUCCUAGCAGACAGAACUAACCCCCCUGCCCCCCCAGCCCCACCCCACUCUGUGAAACAUUACAUCCCACCAGCUCUCAUUAGAGAGAACAGGAACUGAGAGUAACUGAGCGUUAUUAUGUAUCUAUAACACUUCAGUUGAGAACCUGAGCCACAAGUGUGGCAGAUGAGUUCAGAGCUGAAGACAACGACAAGAGAGGACAUUUGCCAGGGACAGAAUUUCAUGUCAGAGUAAGCAAAGUGAAAUCUCUCCUUGGUGGCAGUGUAGAAGAAUGCAGGCUGACUGUUUAGUGUUUUCUAUGUCACAUAUCUAUUGCACCAAGGCUCUCUUAAAAAUAAAAAAAAAAGGUCUUAUGUCUAUGUCAGGCUGUUUUUCGAAGGUUUUGUUUCGAAAAUACAAUUAAGACAUGAGGAAAAAAUCAUACUAGUAAUAUAUGGAUGUGCAUACAUCUUGUUAAUAUAAAAAAUGUAACCAUAUUCAUGCAAAUAAUCCAAAUGUCAGUGGUCCAUAAUUUAUAUAAUGAUGUUUAUUGUUGUGGUCUUUUUAAUGACGUCCAUUAAAUAACUCAGGUUUUAGCCAUUUAAAUGAGUGUGUUCCAUUAAACCUCUGUCCAGAUGUGAUUGGGAGUCCUUGUUAAGUAUCUCGUGUGAAGACUGUAUACUCUGCUGACUUAUACAAUUUUGAUUAUCACUAGAGAAGAUGCCAGAGAAUUCGUCUAGCCAGUCUUUGCAUCGGUUUCCCACGCUGUAGUCCAUUUCUGCUACAAAAUCUUAGUUAUAGAGUAGACAAGUUCAUCUUUUGGGCCUCCACCAGGAUUUAAUAGGCAGUUUUAGAGCUCCUAGUGCUAUUAGCAGAGACCAUUAGCAGAAUUCCAUUUUCACAGGUCAGCUUGCUGCAGUCUGGGAGAUGGUAGUGAAGUGUCAGCGAUCAUACAGCGUUGCUGCAGUGCUUCAGUGGGGCACAAAUGCUGAAUGCACUAAAAUCUAUUUUUGUGGUAAAAUAUACAAGCCUGUCAUAUAUCAUGCGAUGUCUUAAAUCAGCGGUUUGGUCAUAAAUCUGUGAGUCAGCAACGUUUUUCACUUGGGGAGAAAAAGAGGGAGAGUUGAUUAAUUUAUCAAGUUCUAGAUGUUGACGUCUGACUUCUUGGUCCAGUCCAAACAUAUUCGCAAACAAAGUCAGGGACUUUAUAGGAGGAGUGUGUCAUUUUCCGAUCCCUGCAUACUGUCUGGGAACAAAAGCGUUUACAAGCCUUACACUUUCCCUCCUUUGACCUUCAACUCAUGUGUGAGAUGUUUUUGAUAUCUGUGCCCUAAAAUUUACUUUACACCUUUUACACCUAAAGCUGGUUUUACACAUUGUGAUCUCUGUGGGUUUUUUCGGUCAUACUGUAUAAAAUAAUAAUCCUAUUAACAUAUCUGCCAAAUUGUGAUACCACGUGUCCAGCUUAUAUGACAAAGAUCAUAUAAUGUAAGACCUACAAUUAAAGAAAAUGGCUUCUGCUUAUGACAACAGAAACAUUCGUUCUACAUAUUUUCUUCUGUUCAUUAACAUGUUUUGGUUAUGUUUGUUCAAUGGCAUUUCUGUAUUUGAAUAUGUUUGCAUUAUCCUAUGCCAUAAUUCUGUUGGUCGCUUUUAGAUGAGGGCUGUAGCAGCAACCAUACUGAUCCAGAACAUCAGUUCUCGUUGGUGGCAAUGACACUAAAUCUGCCUCUGGUCAGCAUGUCACUUUGUGCACUCUAAGGUAGAAAGUGUUAAAAUGGAAUAGGUAUUGGCAUACACACUUGAGGAGUUCCUGAUUUUCGAAGUGUCAUUAGCUACUAAUUAGCUAUGAGUGAUUUCUGAGAAUAGCAUAACAUGUAUACUGUCACUUAAUGUGCUUUAGCGAUCAAUGUCGAAGUAUAUUUUGCUGUUGGUUGUUCUGUUACUCUUGGCUAACUGAAUAAUUUCAGUUAGCUCAGCAAGCUAAAAAUAGAGACCUCCAUUCUAAGCUCAGCACUCUGUGAGCCAGCUGGGACACAUUAAUGAAUUGGCCUGAUUUUUGGGCAAUUUGAGCCAUUUUGAAGCCAUCUGUGACUUCUGGUUGGUGUCAGGAAGACUUGAGUAUAUCACAGUGGCAUGCUGAGAGAGGUGGGAAGCUGAGUGUGUAUUCAGCCAAUAUCAUACUGUCAGGAACAUUUGGUUGUGUAAAUGUUGGUGUGCAGUCUGGAGACCUCGAAAAUGAACAGAUGUAAUCGAGUUUGAUUCUGCACUAAUUUCUGUACAAUGGCAUCCAAAUGUCGGAGAAUGCUUCUGUUUUGUAUUAUUUUCUAACCCGAUACAAUUUUCAUUGCAAAGUAUAUGCAAUUAAUCUUUAUAUAUAUUUAUUUUCCCCCCAAGUUUCAAUGUGGUAUCAGACUUUUGGACCUCAUUGUACGUUGCAUAAACGAACAACUGCACAUUCUAACUUAAUUUGCAAGCAGGUCAGUUGAUUAAGUUGUAGCAAUAUGAAAAAAAUUACUGUUUUUAAUCAACUUUAUUCAUUUCCCUCACUGAAAUUAGAUGUCUGGAUUUAUCUUUAGGACCUUAUUCAAAGUACAUAUUACUAUUCACGCCAGUUUGUAUGGUGUCCCUUCAUAUGUCCUGUCGCUGCUGAUUGUUUACAACCAUAAUAAUCAUAAAAAAAAAAUUGUUAUUUCACUUAUUUUUCCCCUAGUGAAUACAUAUUUAUUUUCUAUUAUUGUAUGCGGACGGUGACUCUAAUGUGUGCAUUGCUUGUAUGAUGAUGAUCUUUGCAGUUUUGGCUUAAAUUCUCACAUCAUAGUGAAUAUUAAUAGUAAUAUAAAUAAUAAAGUUUAUUGGCAAAGCAGUUCUGGGAAUUACAUGACUGCUUGUGACAGCAGACGAUGACAAUUCAUUAGUAGACCAUAUUAUGUAGUCUAGACUUUACGGUACUUUUUUUUUCUUGCUAUUUGUGAUUUGAAUAUAUACUUUUUCGCAAAGACACUCAUCCCACACUCAUUGGCUAUUAUCAUUGGACACUUGUAUGUUGGAUUAUUCAUGCAAUUAUUCAGUCAGCCAAUGAGGUGGCAACUGUACAAUGCAUAAAAUCAUACAUGAUUUUACAGAUACGGGUGUAUGUUAAUGUUCACAUAAAACAUUAGCAUGAGGUGAAAAAGUGAUCUCUUGUCACAUUUGUUGGAAUAAAUAUUUCAAAAACUAUUUCAUAUUCAAGGAUUUUUUUACACACAACCAUCUUUGGGGUUUACAAAAAAUGGUGAGGAAAAACAAAAAGCAUCAGUUCUGCAGGCAGAAUCUCUUGAUGAAAGUUGACGUGUUGUAAAAGAGUGGUCAAAGGAAGAUGUCCAGAUGGGUUCAAUAUAAAAAAGAAGUCUGUAGUAUCUCAAACUACCACAUUUAAAAAUGCACAACACGUCGAUCACUGAGGAAGAUGCAUUGCCUUGUUUUUGUCCUCAAGCAGCAAAAACAAUAGACUAUUGGGUUCAUGUGGGUUCCUGUAAACCAAGAACAGGAAUCUGAGGCUACAGUGGGCACAGGUUCACCAAAACUGACCAGCUAAAGAACUGGCAGAAUCUUUCCCCCACUUAUUUCUGUUGUAUGUAAAUGCACAAACUUCAACCAACCACCAGGGAUUUCUUGGGUAUUUGUUAUGAACAUUAACAGCGGCUCUUGAACUGUAUCUGCCUGAUUUUAUGCAUUGUGCUGCUGCCAAAUGUUGCUGAUGGGAUAAUUGUACAAAUUAGCAGACAUUCUUAUUAAAGUAGCCAUUAAGUGUAUAUACCCAUAAUUUAACUCAAUAAGCAUUACCAGACCUUUCAGUCACUUAAAUGUGUUCAUUUGUAAUAGUCUUGUGAGUCAGCGCUCUCUUGAAAUUACAGUCCAGAUACCCUACUGGACUCAAACCAGGUGCCAUCCCCUCUCCUUGAGCUCCAGUUCUCUUUCCAUGGUGCUUUUCUUCCUGGGUCAUGCAUGUGUUUGUGUGCCAGGGAUCCGGCCAUGUGUGGAGGCAGAGUAACAGCAGCACAGCUGGCCUACUGCUGAUCGAGUCUAUUAAGAGAUGAUUGAUGGUUUGGAGAAUUCAGAUGGUGCCAAGCUUUUUACCAGGCCUCCAGGAGUUUUUUUUCUUUAGAUUUUUUUAAAUACUAAUUGGAAAAGACCAGCAUGCAUAUUUAUUGAGGAGAAAGUUACACUUCUGUGCUUUUUGGAAGGAGGGCUAUGGAGAAUAGUUGAUUUUAACAUUCCAGACAACGUUAUAUUUUUUUUUCCAACAGGCUAGAUGUUGUAGAUAAAAAAAGAAAUAUUUUCGACGGUGUUGCUGAUCUCAUUGAAAUAAAUAACUGUAGCAUAUUUGUUCAUUGUAUAACUGCAUCAUUGUACUGGGGAAUAACUCAAGUGUGAAAAUUACAUUUGCAGUACUAAUGUCAUUUUGAAUGUCAGACAUUCUACCACACUGGCACUGGACAGGUGCAUAAUGUUUCUAACACUUUUUUUCUAAUAAAAAAACAUUUUGUUCCAA